AUGAUGGGUUUGGUCGAGACGUCUGAAGGUCUAUUUGGGACCGGAGUGAAUCUUGAGGAUGUGGAACGAGGAUUGCGAAGAGGUUUAAAGACGUCAAUAAAAUGUGCUGGUGAAAAGGAAAUCAUUCGAAUUGGCGAAAAUCAGGGAUUCCUCUCCAGCGUUGGUGUUCUACGAUGCAACUGGUCGGGUGAUUCCGCCAAUCUACCAACGGAAGUGGUUUUCAAAAUAGCGACGCUCGCAAAUUCAGCAUCGAUCUCAAAUCGCUCGAAAAAACCUGCAAAAGGGGAAGUGGCAAGACGAAAUAAGCUAUUAUGGGAAGCACGGGAGCGAAAUCUUCGAAAGUGGCACAACAAUGAAAUUCUCUUCUAUGAGACGGUAGCACAACUGCCUGUACAACUGAGCAUUGUUCCGAAGCUCUACCAUGGUAGAAAAUUCGAUAAGGAAAAUGAGAGCACGGGAUUUCUUUGUAUGGAAUAUGCUAAAAAUUCGUUCCCUUCGUUAAUUCACGAUUGCUUGACACUUUCUCAGACUAAAGAGGUGCUACGUGCUCUGAUAGAUGUACAAAUUGGUAUGAUGUCAGUGGAAAAGAAAAAGGAUUGCUUCAAUGUGAAUGUGUAUGAAGAACUGUACAGUGAAAUGCUGCAACCCACAGUCCUUAGCUUCCGUCUGGACGAGCUGCGAUCUCUCGAUGAUUCCUUGUCAAGUCUAAUAAAUUCUGUCGAUAGUCGGAGUAGAGAUAUCGUCUCAAUAAAGGCUAUCAAAACGCACCACCUGGAAAUCGGCAUGGAAUCCGUGUUUGUCCAUGGUGAUAUGUAUGCUCCAAAUAUACUAUGGCACUACGAUGAACAAGAACAGAUGAAAAUCAGCAAGAUUGUUGAUUGGCAGCUGGAAACGUCCUAUCGGCAUUUGUUCCCAACGGCAGCUCUUGCCUUCCUCACGACGCUCUAUGAAAUGUUCACUGCAUCCGUGAAAAACUGCUCAGAAGAUGAGCGAAGAAGACGUACGAACAGAAUAGUCGAGAAAGUUCGAGGAAUUCUUGAGAAUAUUAACGAUUUCCGAAAAUGA